GUGGACGGUGGCGCGGUACGCUGUUGCCAUGGCAGCGGCCUGGGCGCCUAGCUUAGAGUUUCGAGGGGUCCCCGGAGCCGCAGGUGCUCUGGAGGAAGUUCUGUGAGCCAGCCAGACACAGAGCUGAGGCUGCGACGCCGGAGACAGGGAUGGGAGGGCCGCUUGCGGCCAGCCCUGAACCAGGAAGCCAGGAGCCAGAAAGCCAGGCACCUGCAUGAGUUCCGGGCCUCACAGUCUAGUCCAAAGGCUGGACAUAGUCGGCCACUCCAGCUUCAUGGGCAAACGUCUGUGAGAGGAGCUGUGGGGAUGGCACACUUGCUAGGCAGCCAGGUUUGUAUGGACAGCCUGCGCAAGGACCUCACCGACCUGCAGGGUACCAUUGUGGAUGUGUUCUCCCGUGCCGGACCUGUGCGCUUCCCCUCCUGGAAGUUUCCUGACCGUGUGGCCUGUGACCUUGACAUGGUGGCCCUUCUGGAGCACUAUGACCAUGUGCCAGGUGACCCUGAGUUCACACAGUUGUCCCAUGCUGUGCUGCUGGAGCUGGUCAUUGACAGGCUCCUGCUGCUGCUUCAGAGUUGUGCCAGCUACGUGGAAAACCUCAGUUUGGAGCAGAUGAUGCCUCCUGCCCGGGCUGCAGGGCCAUGCAUGUCCGUGGGGCUUACAGUAAGGCGCUUCUGGAGCAACCUGCUUAGGCUGGGCAUGCUCUACCAGCAGGCAGUUCCCCAGAAAAGAGCAAACCAAGGGGAGAUUUCCAUCACCAAGCCCACAGCUAAGGGUGAACCAGCCAGGAGCCCUGAAUGUAUGACUGCCAAGUUUCUCAAGCCUCCCUCCCCGGUGCCAGGCUUGCCUUUGAUCUGCCAAGGGCUGCAGAGCACCCCUGUCAGAGUCUCCCUGCGGAGCCCAGGUGGGACCUCUGAGAAAACUAAGAGUGUCCACUCCCAGACCAUCGAGACAGCCUUGGUGCCCUGUGAUGCUUGCACCAGUGUCCAGGGCAGCUUGUGGGAAGUGGGCAAGGUGGUUAUCAGCCUAUGUCAGAGCCAAAACUUGCCUUCAUCAUUGGGCCAGUUCCAGAAGUUGGUGCAGGACAGCCUGGGGCUUAAACCACUUCCAGCUGCCACCGUGGGCCACUGGGCAGCAGAGCAGAGCAAAGACCUGACUCGUCUCAAUAAACAUGUGGGGGCCCUCACCCAGCUUGUUGGGCCCCUCAGGGCCCAGCUGGAAGAGGCUGAGGGGCAGAAGGAUGAACUGAGGAAGCAGGUGAGCAAGCUGGAGCAGACCCUGCAGCAGGAGCAAGGGGAGCGGCAGCAGCAGACAGAGGAGGCUGAGCGGACCCUGGCCAAGUGCGAGCAUGACAGGCAUCAGCUGCUCACAGAAACAUGUGACCUAAAGACAAAGGUGGCCGUUCUAGAGGGAGACCUGAAGCAGCAGCAGAAGUCCAUGCAGGCCAUGGAGGCAAAGGCCCAGCAGCUGGAGGAGGAAGGUGAGCGGAGGGCAGCAGCUGAGAGGCAGGUGCAGCAGCUGGAGGAGCAAGUACAGCUGCUGGCAGGGCGGUUGGAUGGGGCUAGCCAGCAGAUCCGCUGGGCCAGCACAGAGUUGGACAAGGAGAAGGCCCGUGUCGACAGCAUGGUCCGUCAUCAGGAGUCCCUGCAGGCCAAGCAGAGGACUUUGCUACAGCAGCUGGACUGUCUGGACCAGGAGCGGGAAGAGCUGCGGGGAAGUCUGGAUGAGGCUGAGGCCCAGCGGUCUGAGUUGGAGGAGCAGCUGCAGAGCGUCCAGAGCGAUAGGGAACAGGGACAGUGCCAGCUACAGGCCCAGCAGGAACUGCUGCAGAGCCUGCAGCAGGAGAAACAGGACCUGGAACAGGUAACUACAGACCUGCAGCUGACCAUCUCUGAGCUGCAACGGCAGCUGGAGGAGCUGAAGGAGCGGGAGCGACUGCUGGUGGCCUUCCCAGACCUGCACCGGCCAGAGGAGACCCAGAUCCAAAGCUCUAGCAAUGUCACCUAUGACAUGGAGAGGCAAGUGCAAGCCAAUGAUAUUCGUAUCCAGGUUCUACAGGAGGAGAACAAACGGCUCCAGUCAACGUUGACCAAAAUCCGAGAGGUGGCCCAGCAGGGAGGCCUCAAGAUGGUCCCACAGGGCCAGCUCUGGUCCCCUCCCUACAAGGGCAUCCAGGGAGCAACACCCCCAGCCCAGGCCCAGAGUGCAUUCUCAGGACCCACAGGCAGACGGCAGUCUCCUGGCAGCAAGACAAGCAGUACAGGCAGGACCCAUCCAGGCGGGCCGCGAACAUCCCCCUCUCGGCAGCCCGGCAGCUUGCCCAGCAAGUCUUCUUUGGGGGAUGGAACCCAUUCAGGCACCUGCACCCAGAACCCCAUAAGGGCCUUGGCCAGGCUGAGGAGAAAGCUUUCGCCAAACCGUCAGGCUGGUUCUCCAUACCAGCCCCAGGAGCGGCACACGUAACCCACAGCAGGGGUAGGGCUGGAGGGCAGGUGGCUGGCAAUCCCCCAUGGAAUAAAAGCCCCAGCCAUCUGCCCACAGCGAUCUUGGCCUCAGCGUGGCUAAGCUGGGGGAACAGACCUUCCCUUCUUGUUGGGUAAGGUCCUCUGUGAUCCCACCAUGCAGGUCGCUGGCCAAUAGGACCCUGACACUGAGUUGGGAGCUUCCUAUUUGCAUCCUGAUAGGCACUGUGGGAGGACCACAUUGAGAGGCAAGUGUGCUUCACCUGAGCCAAGUGAAGCACAGCCUUGUGUCCCAUAGAAAGGGCUGAGGGGUAACUCCGGAUUCACUGCCCAGCACUCAGGGUAGGGCUUGGGGUGCGAGAACGCAUCUGAAACAACGAGCUAGGCUUGGAACUUGCCCUCUGGUUCAGCAAGGUAGGCAGAGAAGUGUUGCUUUUGCCUUCUACCCAGGCUCUGCAUCUGAUACAGGACCAAAGGGCACCAAGGAGCUUGUUGUUCCUCUAGGAACUACUGAGACAUCCUUCUUCAGUCCUAGAGGUCAGAGCCCUACCAAACCAUUGGAGGAAAGUCCAGGCCUUUGGACACCUUAGCCAGCUGUGGUUUGAUGAGAAUUAGACUCUGGGGCUCACCCAGUACAGGAUGACACAAGAUGGAGCAAGGAUGCUAUCAGCCACACCAUGCACACAGUGGUCAUUUUUCUAAGCAAGCCACUAGCUUACCUUGAGCCACGUUGUUUGUGAUGGAUAGGCUCUAAAUUUUUACUGAGGAUUUCUCAGGACACACUCACCUAGUGUGAGUGGCAUUAUUGUAUAGUAGGGUUGAGUGCCUAAGAUUACAGUGAAGGAUUAGUGGCCAGGUCUCCCAGUCUGCUUUUUUUGGAAGGGGUGUAUUUCAAGACAGCACUUCUCUGCGUAGUCCUGGCUGUCCUAGAACUCCGUAGACCAGGCUGACCUUGAAUUCACCAAGAUCUACCUGCCUAUGCCUCCCAAGUGCUGGGAUUAAAGCUGUGUGCCACUACUGCUGGCCCAACUUUGCUUCUUAAGAGCCCAGGGUUCUGGGGAAGACUGGAUACUCUAAGCCGCUCUACCAGGGGAGAGCCAGCUUUGGGCACAGCUCCCUGAGAGAGGCCUGGGAAUGCUGAAUAUCCCAGGCCUCUGCUGAGUCAACAUCCACUUAUUAGCUCUCUCUUGUGCCAGUCAGUCAGAUGUGACCCUUCUCAUCUAGGUGACACAUACCCUAGAGAUACUGAAGCAGGAGGACUGAAAGUUUGAGGCUAGCCUAUGCCAUAUAGCGAGGACCUAAGUCAGACAACAGAUGGACAGGCAUAGAAUAGGAAACAACCAAACAAGUCCAGAAGUCCAUCUAUUUGACCAGGCUCUGCUCAGGGUGCUCAGAGAGGGAAAUUAGGUAUCACUCAGGACGUCUCCUUUAGAUAGAUAGCCCCAGGCAGGAGUCCUCUCACAAGCUCCUGGCUGUGAUGAGCUCGAUGUUUAGGCUUAGGCUGUGGGCCUGGGGUCCCCACCCCUUGCUGCUCUUGCCUGGCUUCUCAUUCGUACCACCUAUCUUCAAGAAGGCAGCAGACACGAGCAUGGUAUCACACCUUUAAUCCCAGCACUCAGGCAGAGGCAGAGGCAGGAGUAUCUUUAGGUUUGAGGCUAGCCUGGUCUACAUAGCAAGCUCCAGAAGAGCCAGGGCCACAUACAGACCCAGUCUUAAAAAGGAAAAAGAAAAGUGGGUAUGCAGCAGAGAAUGCACAUCUCCUGCGUGGAGUCCCCUUCAGUCCCCGACCUCCUCCUGCUUCCCAUGGGCUCAUGCGCUGGCAGAUGCUCGGCUCAUUGUUACUGUUUAGUGUUGAGAACUGAAUCCAGGCCCUCGUGUGUUCUAGGCAAGUGCUCUACCAGGUCUCCAUGCUCCAGCCCUCGCCUCUCUCAUUGAAGGUCACAGGGGCUAAAACUUGUUAGAGCCAAUGUUCUAAAGACUAUGCAAGGCAUGUUCGUGAAGCCCAGGGGUGCCAGGCCUGAGGAAUGUAAGAAUUCUACCUGUUCCAGCAAAAGGAUUUUUUUUUUUUUUUUGAAGAGUAGCCCAGGCUGACUUCAAACUCAGCCAAGGAUCAAGGAGUUCAUGACCCUCUGUUUUCCCUUCCCAGAGGCUACAGAACAAGGGGAUUACAGGGACUGACUGCCCAGUAACCCAGUUUAGCCUUGAACUUUUUGUUUGGUUUUGUUAUUUUGAGACAGGGUCUGUGUAGCCCUGGCUGUCCUGGAACUCGCUAUGUAGACUAGGCUGGCCUUGAAUUCACAGAGAUCUGCCUGCCUCUGCCUCACCAGUGCUAGGAUUAAAGGGAUGCACUCCUGUGUCCAGCUGGUCUCGAACUCUUAAUCCUCCUUUCUCCACCUCCAGGUUUCUGGAUGAUUGGCAUAUGCCACCACAUACCCAUCUUUUCCUUAGCCUCUUAAAACAUCACACAGAUUGAUAUCUUAUGUUAAAAUAUAUUCCAUGUUUAUUUUACUAUUAAAACUUCCCUACUCAAA